AUGUGCGGUGUGGUUGGAAGAAGACGCAACAACAUUGGUACAGGCAACUUCGAAGCGCAAUGGAGACUGAUACAGUCACCAGAGCGGAAACCAUUCCGAGGAUAA